AAAUGGCAACUAUGUUAUUUAAUGGGGCAUCCAUUUUCUGAUUUUGUGCAACAUUUAUUUAUCAUUAUCAAAUUAAUGGAACUAAUAUGUUUAUUAUUACAAUUUAGCUUUCAAAAUAAUCAUAUGCUCACUGCUUCCUUGAAAUAUCCAACCCUUCUUGUAUUAUUUACUUAAAUCUAUUGUCGGGCUUAAAACAUAACACCUUUCAUUUAAGCCUAAUAUCAUUUAUUUCAUUACUAUUGAACGGUCCACCAGUAUUUCUUUCUGCCAACAUUUGAAAACUUUAGUUUCUGUUUUGUUGUCAAAAAUGACAGGUGAUGUCAUAUUUUACAAGUAAAGCCAAAUGUUUUUAGUUCGAAAUUAUAAAUUUGUUUAACUUUUAAAAUUCAUAAAAUUCUUUUAUUUUUAUUAUUGUGAGCUUAAAAAUUUCACUAAACUGAUUUCUAACUUAGAAUAAUGGCAAUUCCAGCUUUAAAACCUGCUGUUGUUAUGAAUUUCACAGAAAGUCAGCAGGCAUGUAACAUUCUUGAAAAGCUAUGGAGUCAGCGUGAAUCUGGACGAUUUUGUGAUGUUGUGCUUCAUGUACAAGGCCAGAAAUUUUGUGCACAUCGCAAUGUUUUAGCAGCUUGUAGCCCGUAUUUCGAUUCUGUUUUAAAAAAGCACAAGACAGAAAAGGAACAGCUUACCCUAACAUGUCAAAACAUGGAUGCAUUUCUAUUACUCUUAAACUAUAUGUAUACAGGUGUCAUAAUUAUUGAUUUAAGUAAUGUUUCAGAAUUGCUUAGACUCUCCAAUCAUUUUCUUAUUAACAAGUUAAAAAACUUUUGCGCUGAAUAUCUCAUUAAAUAUUUAGAUUAUUCAAACUGCUUUCUUAUCAAGGAGUUAGCUGAAAAAUAUAGUUUACCUAUUCUGCAUAGAAGUGCUGACAAUUUUAUUCGAUCUAAUAUUGCUGAACUUUUUGAUAAAAAUGAACUUCUAGAAUCACCUGUUUUUAAAUUAAAGCAGUUUUUCAGUGAAAACAACCUCCUUAUUCCGAAGCAUUUGUUAUUUCCUUUUAUUUGUAAGUGGUUGGAACAUAAUGUUAGUGAUAGAGAAAAUGACUUUGCAAUUUUACUUUCGUUUAUCGACUGGAAUGCUGUAGAUUAUUUGCAUUUAGAAAACUAUUUGAGAUCGACGUCCCUGAAUGAAAGGAGUCCGAAAUGCAUAUAUCUGAUACUAUCUGCUAUGGAGGAAAAUAAAAUGGAAUUGUCUGUAUUUCAUGAUAAGUUUCUAAUUUUGAAAUCACAGUUUGGUACCACGGUUGAUGGCGAUGAAAAGGAUGCUAUGAAAAAUGAAAAAAAUACAUUAGAUUCUGAUUAUUCUGCUGCUGUGCCAGUUACUGUGGCACCAUUAGAAAGGCGGGAAAACGAUGUAUAUCAAUGUGAUGAAAUGACAGCUCCAAAAGACGAUGAAUCAAGCAAUAGUAGUUAUAAUGUUCCUGAUAAUGGUGCUGAUGGUUUUGAUGAAAGUGAGAGUUCUGACAAUGCUGCUGAAGAUCCACCCAUUGAGCCUAUCAAGGUUGAAUCUGGACAAGAAAAGUUGAAAACCCCAAUAAAAAAAAGCAUUAUGACUAGAAGAAGUUCCCUACUAACUGCAGGCAGAGAAGUAGUUCCUGCAAUUAGAAUAACUCGUUCCUCAACUGGCACCAAAGUUACUAAAUCUACUCCUAAGAAAGUAUCAAAAACAAAGAAAGCCAAAAAACCCAGCAAGAAUGUUUCCACGAAGCAAAAACAAUUGAAUGUUGUGAAAAGUGAAUCAUUGCAGAAACGUUAUGUCUCAGAAACUGAUACAGAAGACGAUGAUGAGGAAGAUGAUGGAAAUGUGAGUUCCAGUGAUUCAAGUGUAGAAGAAUCUUUAAAUGGACCUACUAAAAAAUCGAAAUGGAAAGACGGAGUUAAAUGCCCUCAUUGUUGCUAUAUAGCUCAUUCUUCUGUUAGAUUAGAACAACAUGUUUCUCGUGUGCAUGCAAAAGAUGUAACUUAUAAGUGUAAAGAGUGUGACUUUACAUGCAAGUGGAGCCGAGAAUAUUACAUGCAUAUGAAAACACAUUUUCAAGGUCCUCCUUUCAAAUGCGAAAGUUGUGAAUAUACUUGUGACAGAAUACAGUUUCUUUUAUCUCAUCGUAUGAGGCAUACUGACGAAAGGCCUUUCAAAUGUGAUGAAUGUGACCACCGUGCUCGAACCAAGGCAAAUUUGGAGUGCCAUAUGAGAUGUCACACUGGGGAAAAACCAUAUCAAUGUGAAAUUUGUGAGCGUAGAUUUGCCAUAAAAGCCAGUCUGGAUCAACACCUUUCAUCACAUCGUGAAGAUAGACCUUAUUUGUGUGACAUAUGUGGUUUUAGUACAAAAUAUCAAUCACAUUUGUUUUCUCAUAAAAGGAUACAUACAGGUGACGUGUUUCGUUGUAAUUUUCCGAACUGUACCUACAGUACACCCAAAAGAAGCCAAUUAGGAUCCCAUCACCGAACUCACACUGGCGUACGUUCUCACAUUUGUGCGAUUUGCGGCAGAGCAUUUACUGAAAAGAGUCACCUCGUAAGACACGAACGCAUUCAUCUGAAUGAAAAGCCAUUUAAAUGUGAACAAUGUGAUUAUUCUAGCUCUCGUAAAGAUAAGCUAAAGGAGCACAUUAUGAAACAUCAUGGAGAAAAUGCAUCUGCCAAACGUCCCUUUAGGCCUCGAAAGCAAAGGAGAGAGAGUCAACUGGAAAAUUCCUAUCCACAUCAAAUUAAAGCAGCACCUUCAGAAUCUGAGAACACCCAACCUCAACAACAUAUAGAACUACAAAAUGCUAUGGAAGCUGCCUCCUCUUCGGUGCCAGUAGUUUAUACUUAUGAUUCAUCUCAUCAAGAUUCCAUUUACAAUCAUGCUGUUGUUGGUUUACAACAACUUGGUGUGCAUAACUACCAGAUAUCAUUUAUGGAUCAAAGGAAUCAUCAGCCUUAUCAUCAUCAACAUGUACCUAUUGGACCAACACCACCCUCAGCUAUACCUACUAUGAUUCCUGAUCAAAAUAGAUUAAAUAGUGUAGCAAUACCCUCUCAGGAUGGCACAAAUGUUGUGGGACAACCAGGGGAAUAUAACACUUAUAUAUCUUAUAUGUAAUUUUGUAAUUGAAAUUUUCAAUCAUUUAGGACAUUAUUUUUAUACUCAAUUUUUACUUAAUCAAAAUAUUUUUGGAUAUUUUAAAUCCGAAUAAUGUUAAUUGACUAGAAAAAAAUAUUCGCAAUAUAGAUGAUAUAUUUUUUAAAUAAUACUUUAAUUUGAAUCGCUAAUUCCUUUGAAACUUUAUAAAAUUAAUUUAUGAAUUACAUUAUUUUUAUUACAAUGACUACCACUUGUUUUUUAGUGAUAGCUAAAUUGUUUUAUCCACACGUUUUACUUAUGGUGAUAGAUAAAAAUUAAUUUGUGUAUCUAAUCGAAAUUUUAGCUGAGGAUAAAUAAUGCAUGCGUUCAUGUCUCAGUGACAUAUGGAAUAACAUUUCAUUUGUAAUAUAAUUAAGAUUAUUAAUUUGUAUAUAUGCUUUUAUAUUUAUGUGUGUGUGCUUUUAUACAGGUAACAAAAUUGAACUUAUCACGCUAAAAUGCAUGGUAUGUAGAUUAAUUGGUUUAAACAUAUUGAAGCUAAACAGUAUAUAUUUCAGAUUAUGCAUUUGUUACAAAGUAUGGAAAUGAGCAAACAAGAGUUGCAUGAAUUGAUAGUGUAUCACAAUGCUGUAUGUUGAUUAUUUUUUU